UUUCUCGCAAAAGGCUGAACGUGAAAAAACAAUUAAGUCCGAAAUUUGUCUUGUAACCGUGUUUAAAAGUAAAAAAAAUUGUAAAUAAGUGUGUGCCGUGUACAUACGAGCAACGUGAUAAUAAAAAAUCCCGAAAAAAUAAACAGAAAAGAUGUCGUUUAAGCCAAUCGAUGGAGCGAAGGAAGAUUUCCGCAAAUAUUUGGACCGCAAAGGGGUGAUGGAUGCGCUCACAAAAGCAUUUGUUCUGUGCUACGACGAACGACCGGAAAACCCGAUCGAACGACUGGUUGAAGUAGUUGCGGACAACGCAAAAGUCUUAGGUGCCUCGUCAGAGUUGAAAUCACGACUGAUAAACACGGAGCUCGAGCUUAAACAGGCGCGUGCGGAAAUCGAUGUGCUGCGGAAACAAUUGAGUGAUCUCGGUGUGACGCCAGGCACAACCACGACAAAUGUUCCCACAGCGACGGGAAAUGGCCCCACAAUUGCAACGUUGUCAGCGGAAGCGGAAAAAAGUGUUCCGAGUUCGAAUACGAGUGCCGUUGAGGCAGCUGCUGUUGCCACGGGUGCCAUUCCGAAGACGCCAAAAGCCACGCAGGGUAGUCCCGCGAAGAAGGACACGCCCGAAAGUAAUACAGAGAGCAGCGAGACACCCGUUGCCGAUGCAACUGUGAGCCCGCCGAGCACAAAUGAUGCCAAAACGCAGGAAGAAACAGCCGCUACAACAACUACGACAGCUACAAAUACGGAGGACACCGCGUCGUCUGGCACGAAAGAAGCAGCUACUUAAUCCACACAAGACUUUAAUUAAAUUCUAGAGAGCGUUAGUCAGUCAAGUUAAUUGCAUGCCAGUCACAAGUACUUAAAAAAAUAUUAACGAUGAAUUUCCUUCUCAACCGUUUUUUCAUGUUUGAGAUGGAAGCAAGAAAUUUAAUCGUCCAGUCCAUUUAUAAAAAAAAUUAAAAUUAACCUUAACGUAAGGCAAGAAAUCGCUUCUUUUAAAAAAAAACGUUUGCCCAACAAUUAAUUUCGCGCCCCGGGUAAAUCAAAUGCUUUGUACAAAAAAAAACUAUUUGUGUGUUGUUAGGCUGUCAGGUAUUUUUUUACCGCCCAUAAAGUUAAAAAUAUAAAAAAUUAGCACAGAGAAAAUUUAAGAUUCCUAAAUAAGAAAGAAAAUGAGAGAAAAAUAGUUUUAACGCAACUCCCACACUAAAAUGUUGAUGAUAAUUUCCUAUCUCGUACAAUCAUUGCUGCAUUUUCACACCUAAUUACUAAUUUUCAGUCACAAGAAACGUAACGCAACAUUCCAAUUUAAAUAAUUUAAUUUAUUUAAAAAUUUAGUAUUUUAUUAGGUACUUAAAGAAAAAACAUUAAAUUGUGUUUUGUGAUGAUUUAACUUUUUUUUUUGUAAAAUUUAAAUAGACUUUAUUAUUGUAAAUUAAAAAUUAUAAAAUUUAAGUUUAAAAAAUCGAUAAGAGAGAGAAUUUAUUUCAAAGCAAUAGUCAAUCAAUAUAACUAAAUAAUUAGACGACAAAGUUACAAACCAAUAAAAAAACAGCCAUAAACGUAACAUGUGCAACAUUUGUCCAGUACAAUUUAUCUUGUUUGUUAUUUCUUAUAUUUUUUCCUUUAUCUGAAAAUACACUCUUGGGUUGAAGGUUGAAGAGACACUCAAAGAAAAGUGAAUUGUGCGAUAAGACAAAAUUAAAAUAAAUAAUAAUUAAAUUAAGAAGAGAAAUAUUUUAUUCGAAUUUUAAUUAUUUGCAAAGAAAAUGUUUCCUGUACUUUAUUCUUAAAAAAAAUAUGAAAAAAAUGAAUAAAAAUAUAAUUAGAAAAUAAAUUAAUUAAUUAAAAAAGCAAGAAUUAUGAAAAAUAAAUAAAUGAUAUGAC